GCGCCAGUCUCGACCGGCAUUUGUUACUUGACUGAUGCUAUUUUAUUUGUCCGAAGCCGACUCGGAUCGUGAUUUACCAAUCGGAUACACCUGCCCAAGGAUACUAGUGUCAGUGUCAUCCCUCAUCGAAGUGUGCCGUGAUCACGAGUGUGCUUUUAUCGAUGCGACAGGUGCUUUAAACCGACAUGUGCGGAAUUUCGUAUAUAGUUUAAGAGAAUCACGUGGGCUGCGAAGAGUACUAUAGGAAGAUGAAAAGUGCAACGAUGUCGAGUAACGCGUUGAAACGCGAAAAUACGAGUGCUUCGGCGAAUGUUUUGAUGUGCAAGCAAUGGUGGAAAGUGUGCUGGAUGUACGGCGACCAGGAAAAAUAUUACAGACAAUUGUACGGCAAACGGGCGCAGCAGGAAAAGAAAAAGUUCGCCGAGGAUGCGCGAGUGUACGAAAACACCAAACAGGGGUUUAAUUUGGGAGAAAGGACAACACCAGGGAUUAAUUCGUUAGAUCUGACGAGGGAGAUUGACGAAUCUGUGUGCCGCAACUGCCCUUGGCCGGACAAUUCCAUGUCGUCGAACGAAGGCAUGAACGCCUCAAUUUCCCCACCUGCCCUUCCGUCGCCCGGAGGCAAAUUGCCUUCCCUGGAUCCCGCCGAUCGUUUUUUGGGCAAAGGUUCGCCAUUCGCACCAUCGACAGGCGACCCGCAACGUCACUCGCAAAGCGACGAUGACUCCGGGUGCGCUCUGGAGGAGUACACCUGGGUCCCGCCCGGACUUCGACCAGACCAAGUGCACUUAUACUUCAGCGCCUUGCCCGAAGACAAAGUGCCCUACGUGAACUCGGUGGGGGAGAGGUACCGAGUGCGCCAACUUCUGCAGCAACUGCCGCCCCACGACAACGAAGUCCGCUACUGUCACGCCCUCAGCGACGAGGAGAGGAAGGAACUGAGGCUGUUUUCGGCGCAAAGAAAGAGGGAGGCGCUGGGAAGGGGCGCCGUGAGGCAGCUUCCGGCGCCGAUGCAAUGCGACGCCUGCGAAGAGAUGUUGGCUACUGGAGAUAUCUGCGUUUUCGCAUCGAGAGCGGGUCCCAACACCUGCUGGCAUCCGGCGUGUUUCACGUGCACCGUCUGUCGAGAACUCCUCGUCGAUCUCAUCUAUUUCUACAAGGAGGGACGUUUGUACUGCGGGAGACACCAUGCCGAAACGAUCAAGCCGAGGUGCUCGGCCUGCGAUGAGAUAAUCCUCGCCGACGAGUGCACGGAGGCCGAGGGCCGCGCGUGGCACAUGAAGCACUUCGCCUGCUCCGAGUGCGAGCGCCAGCUCGGGGGCCAGCGUUACAUAAUGCGCGACGGCCGCCCCUACUGCCUCCACUGCUUCGACGCUAUGUUUGCCGAAUACUGCGACUCUUGCGGCGAACCCAUCGGUGUCGAUCAAGGCCAAAUGAGUCACGAAGGCCAACACUGGCACGCCACCGAGCUGUGUUUCUGCUGCCACACAUGCCACACGUCCCUUCUAGGGCGCCCUUUCUUGCCCCGAAGGGGGGCCAUCUAUUGCUCAAUAGCAUGCAGCAAAGGGGAGCCCCCCACGCCGUCGGACAGCUCCGGCCCGGGGACAAGGCUACCCCGCCGAAACCGGCCCCCAAGACCCCCUUCGCCCGAGUCCAGCACGCCCCCACCUUCCCCUAGAAAGAACAACAUGUCGCCCUCCUCCCCCGUCCCAAGGUCGCCGAAAAUGGGGCGCAGGGCUUUGCAAAGGUCGCCUAAACCGGACAGGUCGACCCCUACAACCCCCACGCCUUCGGAUAAUGGGACAAGCGAGCAACCGAACGAGGAUGCGCGAGCUUUGCCGAGUCCGAGGGGGCUUGACAGGGUGCUCCUGGAACGGAAUUUGGAGAGAUUAUUGAGCGAGAGGACCAAUCAGAUCAAUUCCCCCGACUUGGAGAAGUUGCUCCAUGCACGGGACCGGAGUCGGGAGCCCCUCCAUUUGGCGGAUUUGAGUCUCGAUGAUUGGCCUAAACCUCUCGAAAACCACCCGGAAAAUAAAGAUAAUAAUAGUAACAAUGAGACUCCUCCUCAUGCCGCUUCGAUGCCGGAACUGGCAAUUCCGGGCUCGUCUACGACUCCGGGUUCCCCCAAUAAGAAGACCCGUGGUCUCAGUGUGCGCUUCCAGGGGGAUAACGAGGCGUUUGAAGCCGAUGAAGGCGACUCAGCUAGUGUCGAAGCUUCUCGGAAAUUCCCCCGGAGUCGGAGUUACUCCGGGAGGUCGCGUCACAUGGACACGUUACGGCCCCGGAAGACCACUUCUGAGUCACAUAUGCCCGGGACGAGUAAACAGGACGACGCGGAAAGUUAUUGCUCGACUUGCUCGUCAAGCAGUUCCAGCGACGAUUUGGAUUAUCAGUUGCCCCCACGACGUGCCUACGGAGGCGUGAGAAUCUCUUAUGUUCCUAACGAUGCUCUUGCCUGUGCCAGAAGGAGACAAGCGAAUCAAAAGUCGCCCAGAAAGGGGGCUGUCGAAGACAAGAAUUGUGUCAUAUCUUGAUCAUAUGCCAAAAAUUCAAAAGUUUCAGUCAGGGUAUGAGAAGGUGACGAAAUAUGCCUUGAUAUUGUGCUUAUGACUUGUGUUCUUUUUUAUAAAUGUACAAAUUUUUUAGCGAUGUAUACUUGAAUUGUUUUAUACGGUUUUCUAUCUACAAGGUUAGGUAGAGUGUAGUUAUGUAUCAUAAUAUUUAUUAAGAUUUUUAAUAUAAUCAUUGUUUUUAUUCAUUGUGUAUAUUGUAAAUAAAAGAUUUCGGUUUUUAAUAAAUGUAAUAAAAUUC